GCGCAGCCAGCUUGCAGGGGAGUUGUGCGCGGUGGCUACAGCCUGUUGAUCCCAUUUCCUCCUGCUCUAGUCCGGGCUAGGGAGUGGCUCUGCCAGGACUUCCAAGGCUUUUUGUCUCGGGUACUGGUGUUCGCAUGGCUCGAGUGUAUUGUUUUCUUCCAGGCAAUCUCGGUUAGCGCUUCAGCUUAGACACUUCUUGUGCGUUCUGUCGUCUUGGGCUGCGUGUAGUCUCUUGUUUCUGCGCUUUCUCCACGCCCUUCCCAGUUUCCUGUUAGCCGAAGGGGAUCGCUCUUUCUGAACGAAAAGUUCUCAGAGCGGAGCUGAACCUCCCGGAAAAUGCUCUUCUCUUCCGUGUGCGCCGGAUGGGGGUGGGGGUGGGCCAGAAACUGAACGCCGCAGUCAGGAGAGCUGAGAGGACCCGACGGCCCUGGCGGAGGCGGGAGAGGAGUCGGAGAGGAUGGCAGGGGCCGGAGGCCAGCACCACCCUCCGGGCGCCGCUGGAGGAGCGGCCGCCGGAGCCGGCGCCGCGGUCACCUCCGCCGCUGCCUCGGCGGGGCCGGGAGAGGAUUCGUCUGACAGCGAAGCGGAGCAAGAGGGACCCCAGAAACUGAUCCGCAAAGUGUCCACCUCGGGGCAGAUCCGGACCAAGACCAGUAUUAAAGAGGGACAGCUAUUGAAGCAAACCAGUUCUUUCCAAAGGUGGAAAAAGCGAUACUUCAAACUUCGAGGCCGUACCCUUUACUAUGCAAAGGACUCAAAGUCUCUGAUAUUUGAUGAAGUUGACCUCUCAGAUGCUAGUGUAGCUGAAGCAAGCACGAAAAAUGCUAACAACAGCUUCACGAUCAUCACUCCAUUCAGAAGGCUAAUGCUGUGUGCUGAGAACAGAAAGGAGAUGGAGGAUUGGAUCAGCUCACUGAAGUCUGUACAGACCAGAGAACCCUACGAGGUGGCCCAGUUUAAUGUGGAACAUUUCUCAGGGAUGCACAACUGGUACGCCUGCUCCCACGCCCGACCUACCUUCUGUAACGUGUGCAGAGAGAGUCUUUCUGGAGUCACCUCCCAUGGCCUGUCCUGCGAAGUGUGUAAAUUCAAGGCUCACAAAAGAUGUGCAGUGAGAGCAACAAAUAACUGUAAAUGGACUACCCUGGCCUCCAUCGGGAAGGACAUUAUAGAAGAUGAAGAUGGCGUCGCGAUGCCUCACCAGUGGCUUGAGGGCAACCUGCCUGUAAGUGCCAAGUGUGCUGUCUGCGACAAAACAUGUGGCAGUGUUCUCCGUCUACAGGAUUGGAAAUGCCUUUGGUGUAAGACAAUGGUACACACUGCCUGCAAAGAUUUAUACCAUCCAAUAUGUCCACUUGGUCAAUGUAAAGUAUCUAUCAUACCUCCAAUUGCACUAAACAGCACCGAUUCCGAUGGUUUCUGUAGAGCAACAUUUUCGUUCUGUGUUAGUCCUCUAUUGGUUUUUGUCAAUUCUAAGAGUGGAGAUAAUCAGGGAGUAAAGUUCCUUCGUCGCUUUAAACAGUUGCUAAAUCCGGCUCAGGUGUUUGAUUUAAUGAAUGGAGGUCCUCAUUUAGGUUUAAGAUUAUUUCAGAAGUUUGACAAUUUCCGGAUUCUUGUUUGUGGAGGUGAUGGAAGUGUAGGUUGGGUUUUGUCAGAAAUCGAUAAGCUCAACUUGAAUAAACAGUGUCAGCUGGGAGUGUUGCCUUUGGGUACAGGAAAUGACCUUGCCCGAGUUCUUGGCUGGGGAGGUUCAUAUGACGAUGACACCCAACUUCCUCAGAUCCUAGAGAAACUGGAACGAGCCAGUACCAAAAUGUUGGACAGGUGGAGUAUAAUGACAUAUGAACUCAAAUUGCCACCAAAAGCUUCCCUACUUCCAGGACCUCCAGAAGCAUCUGAAGAAUUUUAUAUGACGAUUUAUGAAGACUCAGUUGCAACGCAUCUUACAAAAAUCCUCAGUUCUGAUGAACAUGCAGUGGUCAUAUCUUCUGCCAAGACGCUAUGUGAAACUGUAAAGGACUUCGUUGCCAAAGUAGAAAAGACGUAUGACAAAACCUUGGAAAAUGCCGUUGUAGCUGAUGCCGUGGCCAGUAAAUGUUCAGUCCUAAACGAGAAGCUCGAACAACUGCUGCAGGCUUUGCACACAGAUUCCCAGGCUGCGCCUGUUCUCCCUGGCCUCAGCCCUCUCAUUGUGGAAGAGGAUGCUGUGGAAUCGUCCAGUGAAGAGUCCCUGGGUGAAAGCAAAGAGCAGCUUGUGGAUGACGUUACAAAACCUUCCUCCCAGAAAGCCGUCAAACCAAGGGAAAUCAUGUUGCGGGCAAAUAGUUUAAAGAAAGCAGUGAGGCAAGUCAUUGAGGAAGCCGGAAAAGUUAUGGAUGACCCGACAGUUCACCCCUGUGAACCAGCUAAUCAGUCCUCUGAUUAUGACAGCACAGAAACAGAUGAAUCUAAGGAGGAAGCUAAAGAUGAUGGUGCCAAAGAAUCAAUAACUGUUAAAACUGCACCUCGGUCUCCAGAUGCCCGGGCAAGUUAUGGCCAUUCCCAAACUGAUUCUGUCCCUGGUCCAGCUGUGGCAGCCAGCAAAGAAAACCUCCCUGUGCUCAAUACCAGAAUAAUCUGCCCAGGUUUAAGAGCAGGACUGGCUGCCUCAAUUGCUGGGAGUUCGAUUAUCAACAAAAUGUUACUGGCAAACAUUGAUCCUUUUGGUGCCACGCCGUUUAUUGACCCGGAUCCAGAUUCCGUAGAUGGAUAUUCAGAAAAAUGUGUCAUGAACAAUUACUUUGGGAUUGGAUUAGAUGCAAAAAUUUCAUUAGAAUUUAAUAAUAAAAGAGAGGAGCACCCUGAAAAAUGCAGGAGCCGAACUAAAAACUUGAUGUGGUAUGGAGUCCUUGGAACCCGGGAGUUAUUACAGAGAUCAUACAAGAAUUUAGAACAAAGGGUUCAACUUGAGUGCGAUGGGCAGUAUAUUCCUCUUCCCAGCUUGCAAGGCAUAGCCGUGUUGAACAUUCCCAGCUAUGCUGGAGGCACUAACUUUUGGGGUGGAACUAAAGAGGAUGAUAUAUUUGCUGCACCAUCCUUUGAUGACAAGAUCCUGGAAGUUGUAGCAAUAUUUGAUAGCAUGCAAAUGGCAGUUUCAAGGGUCAUUAAACUGCAGCAUCAUCGAAUAGCCCAGUGCCGUACAGUGAAGAUCACUAUAUUUGGUGACGAAGGAGUCCCAGUGCAAGUGGAUGGUGAAGCGUGGGUUCAGCCUCCAGGGAUUAUCAAAAUUGUGCACAAAAACAGAGCACAAAUGCUAACAAGGGACAGAGCCUUUGAGAGCACUCUGAAAUCUUGGGAAGAUAAGCAGAAGUGUGAUUCUGGUAAACCAGUUCUCCGAACCCAUUUGUACAUCCAUCACGCCAUUGACUUGGCAACAGAAGAGGUGUCGCAGAUGCAGCUAUGCUCCCAGGCUGCAGAGGAGCUCAUUACUAGGAUAUGUGACGCAGCCACAAUUCACUGUCUUUUGGAGCAAGAACUGGCCCAUGCUGUGAAUGCCUGCUCCCAUGCCCUGAAUAAAGCCAACCCAAGGUGCCCGGAGAGUCUUACAAGAGACACUGCCACUGAAAUAGCCAUCAAUGUGAAGGCGCUGUAUAAUGAAACAGAAUCUUUGCUAGUUGGCAGGGUUCCUUUGCAGCUGGAAUCGCCACAUGAAGAGCGGGUAUCCAAUGCCUUACACUCUGUGGAGGUGGAAUUACAGAAACUGACAGAGAUUCCUUGGCUUUAUUAUAUCUUACACCCAAAUGAGGAUGAGGAACCUCCUAUGGAUUGCACCAAAAGAAACAACAGAAGCACCGUAUUUCGAAUAGUGCCAAAGUUUAAAAAGGAAAAGGUUCAGAAGCAGAAGACAAGUUCACAGCCUGUUCAGAAAUGGGGCACAGAGGAAGUUGCUGCUUGGCUGGAUCUGCUCAAUUUGGGAGAGUACAAAGAUAUCUUCAUCCGUCAUGACAUCAGAGGGGCUGAACUUUUGCAUCUGGAAAGGCGAGAUCUUAAGGAUCUGGGGAUACCGAAAGUGGGCCAUGUGAAGCGAAUUCUCCAGGGAAUUAAAGAGCUUGGAAGGAGCACUCCACAGUCGGAGGUGUAAUCAUAUUGGUGCUAUUCCUUGGAAGAGAAGUUAUUGCCACUUAAUACAAAGUCCUUGGAAGCAA